AUGGACGCGCAGACUGGACGCUGCGCUCGCGGAAAGGACGCGCCUUCGAGCGGCACGGGCACGGGACGAGUGACUGAGGUAGCCCGCGACACUAACCCUACCGCCGACAUUACCAUAUUUGGUGAUCGCGACAACGCGUGCGCACGCGCGUCUAACACGCGUCCGCGCGCACCGCCCGCGACUAUCUUAUAUACACUAAAUACUCUACAAUGA